AGGCUCACUGUCCAGGUGCCCCUACAUAAUCCCUGGCUCAUCCCUCUCAUUCUUACGGAUGUGCAACUCCUCUGGCGAGCUACUCUCCCUGUUUCCGCCUACUCCUCUGAUAUUGAUCUCUUCAGCACUGCCCUCGCAGAUGCUGCUGGGCAACCGAAAAAGAUAACCAAUGAGGCCAACGGCGAGGAACUCCGCAAUGCGCGUAAAUUUAUAACUACAGACAGUGUCAACGAGUUCUAUAUGUUGGCUGGCGACAAGAAAAUGCGUCUCGUCCUUGACUUUUGUUUGUAA